GGCUGGUGGGCAGGGCGCCCCCCGGGCACCGCACGCUGGGCUCCCGCCCGGCGUGCGACCCUGUGCUAGGGACGGCCGCGCCCGAAGGGGACCUGGCGCCCGUGAAGCCACAGGGACGUCAAGAAAUGGAAAGGCUGCCCUUGGCAAAUGAAGAUAAAACAAUGUCCUCCAACCUAAAAUACCUUUCUUUGGGAAUUUUGGUCUUUCAGACUACCAGUUUGGUUCUAACAAUGCGUUAUUCUAGGACUUUAAAGGAGGAGGGACCUCGUUAUCUAUCUUCUACAGCAGUGGUUGUUGCUGAAGUUUUGAAGAUAAUGGCCUGCCUUUUAUUAGUCUACAAAGACAGUAAAUGUAGUCUAAGAGCACUGAAUCGAGUACUACAUGAUGAAAUUCUUAAUAAGCCAAUGGAAACACUUAAGCUUGCUAUUCCGUCAGGGAUAUAUACUCUUCAGAAUAAUUUACUCUAUGUGGCACUGUCAAAUCUAGAUGCAGCUACCUAUCAGGUCACCUAUCAGUUGAAAAUUCUUACAACGGCAUUGUUUUCUGUGUCUAUGCUUAGUAAAAAGUUAGGUGUGUACCAGUGGCUCUCCCUAGUAAUUUUGAUGACAGGAGUUGCUUGUGUACAGUGGCCCUCAGAUUCCCAAGAGCUUGAUUCUAAAGAACUCUCAGCUGGCUCUCAAUUUGUGGGCCUCAUGGCAGUUCUCACAGCCUGUUUUUCAAGUGGCUUUGCUGGAGUUUAUUUUGAGAAAAUCUUAAAAGAAACAAAACAAUCAGUAUGGAUAAGAAACAUUCAGCUUGGUUUCUUUGGGAGUAUAUUUGGAUUGAUGGGUGUGUAUAUUUAUGAUGGAGAAUUGGUAUCAAAGAAUGGAUUUUUUCAGGGAUAUAACCAACUGACCUGGAUAGUUGUUGUCCUUCAGGCACUUGGAGGCCUUGUUAUAGCUGCUGUGAUUAAGUAUGCAGAUAAUAUUUUAAAAGGAUUUGCAACAUCUUUAUCCAUAAUAUUAUCAACACUGAUAUCCUAUUUUUGGCUACAGGAUUUUGUGCCAACCAGUGUCUUUUUCCUUGGAGCCAUCCUUGUAAUAACAGCUACUUUCUUAUACGGUUAUGAUCCCAAGCCUGCAGGAAACCCCACUAAAGCAUAGUCAUGUACUAUCUUUUACUGGUUUUCCAUCAUGGUGCACUCAGAAUCUCAACAUCAGUCUUCCACAGAGGACGUCUAUGGAUUUUCUGAAGAAACUGUCAUCCUGAAACUGAUCAUGUUGUUCAAAGGUUUGAAAAAUAUAUGUGCUUAAUGAUAAAGCAUGUACUGUAUAUGUAACAAAACACAUUACAUUUAGAAUUCAAAACUUGAAAGUGUUUCCAGGAAUUUGAAUUAGAAGAAAUAUUUGAGGAAACUUGAAAUCUAAGUUUAAAAGAAUCUACCUUUUUGAUUGGUGCAGAAAUGUCCUAUGUACUCUUUGUAAGAGCACACAAAUGUCAGAUACCAAUUUUUGCAAAUUAGAUGUAUUUACUCUUAUGAAAUGUUUUUAUCUUAUUAUUUCUGUAAAAAUAUAUCAAGUCAAAUGGAAUAUUCAAAAUUUGAAAAUUAUAAUUACCUAUACAGCUGUGAAAAAAUAGAAGUAUGAUUUGAAAAACA